AUGGUGCGGAUCCUUGGCAUGCUCUGGUUUCGGCUACUGUUGCUGUGCGUCGUGGAGUUGGAGCUGGGAGCCGGGCUUUCUACUUUCCAGGGUUUCUACCUCCCACCUGCGAACGGGUCUCUCCUCACACCUGCCCGGAGGACAGACGGGGUGGUGCGGACCAUUGACCGGAUUUACCACGGAGGAGGGAAGGUGGGCUACCUGCUGUACCUGGAUGGGAGCCGGUUCCAGCUGGACAUGGAGCGGGACGCGUCGGUGCUGUCGCAUCACUCCAGCCCGGGGGAGUGCGCGUACCGGGGGACCGUGGACUCCAACCCGGAGUCCCUGGCCGUCUUCAACCUCUGCGGCGGGGGUCUGGAGGGCUUCUUCGCCGUGGACCGAGCGCGCUACGCCAUCACGCCCAUCGUCAGGGCGAGGGGACACGAGCACGACGCGCGCGUGCUGCAGGACAAGGACACGGAGAGCGCGCUCCACGUGUUUGAGCGAGACAGCUUCAGCUUCGAGGCCACGAGAGAGGGACGCGAGAGCUGCGGGACGCGAGACGGACGCAGGGAUGCUGCGGGGAGGAGGAGAGGGAGGAGAGGGAGGAGGAGAGGGGACGCCAAAGAGGAGCAGCAGGAGGAGGAGGAGGGUGCAGGUGACCACGGCGCGCGGCGCAAGAGGUCCGUCUCGCGCGCCAGGCACGUGGAGCUGCUCCUGGUGGCCGACGAGACCAUGAGCAAGAAAUACGGCAAGGACCUGACCCACUACCUGCUCACUCUGGCCGCCAUCGCCUCCAAGCUGUACGGACACGCCAGCAUCGAGAACCCGGUGCGGCUGUCGGUGGUGAAGGUGUCCGUGGUCACCGACCAGGAGAAGGGACUCGAGGUGACCAAGAACGCGGCGGCGACGCUGAAGAGCUUCUGCAAGUGGCAGAACCAGCAGAACCCGCUGGACGACGACCACCAGCAGCACCACGACGCCGCCAUCCUCUUCACCAGGCAGGACCUCUGUGGCCACCACUCCUGCGACACCCUCGGAAUGGCGGACGUCGGCACCAUCUGCACCCCGGAGAGAAGCUGCGCCGUCAUCGAGGACGACGGGCUUCACGCUGCGUUUACCGUGGCGCACGAGAUAGGUCACCUGCUCGGUUUGUCCCACGACGACUCCAAGUUCUGCGAGGAGCGCUUCGGAGUGAACAGCGACAAGCGGCUCAUGUCCUCCAUCCUCACCUCCAUCGACGCCUCCAAACCCUGGAGCCGCUGCACCUCGGCCACCAUCACGGACUUCUUCGACGACGGCAACGCCGAGUGCCUUCUGGUCCCCCGCCAGCCACUGUUGGGCCCCGAGGAGCUCCCGGGCCAGAGCUACGACGCCGUCCGCCAGUGCCGCCUGGCCUUCGGCCCCGAGUACACAGUCUGCCCGGGCAUGGACGUAUGCGCUCGCCUGUGGUGCGCCGUGAUCCGCCAUGGACAGAUGGUGUGUCUGACCAAGAAGCUGCCGGCCGUGGAGGGGACGCCCUGCGGGAAGGGACGCAUCUGCCUGCAGGGGAAGUGCGUGGACAAGACCCGCAAGAGGCACUACUCGGCGUCCAACCACGGCAGCUGGAGUUCCUGGGGUUCUUGGGGUGCCUGCUCCAGAACUUGCGGAGGCGGGGUGCAGUUCGCCCAACGCCUGUGCAACAACCCGCCGCCUCGGAACAACGGGCGCUACUGCACGGGGAAGAGAGCCAUCUAUCGGUCCUGCAGCGUCACACAAUGUCCAGUGUCAAAUAAGAAUUUCCGGCAGGAGCAAUGUGAGGUGCGCAACGGUCCCCAGACGGACCCGAAGGGGGUGAAGACAUUUGUUGAGUGGGUGCCAAAGUACGCUGGAGUCCUCCCCAAAGAUGUGUGCAAGUUGACCUGCAGAGCAAAAGGAACAGGAUACUACGUGGUGUUCUCUCAGAGGGUGACAGACGGGACGGAGUGUCGUCCUUACAGCAGCUCGGUGUGCGUGAAGGGGAAGUGUGUACGGACAGGCUGCGACGGCAUCAUCGGCUCCAAGCUCCAGUUUGACAAGUGUGGUAUUUGUGGAGGCGACAGCACAGGAUGUAUACGCGUCGUUGGCAACUUCACCAAGAAGAGUAAGGGCUACACUGACGUGGUGAAGAUCCCUGCAGGCUCCACCCACAUCAAGGUCCGUCAGCACAAGGCCAAGGACCAGACCCGCUACACCGCCUACCUGGCCCUCCGACGGCCCAGCAACGAGUACCUCCUAAACGGCAAGUUCAUGAUCUCCACCUCCGAGACAAUCAUCCCGCUCAACGGUUCUGUGCUCAACUACAGCGGCUGGAGCCAGAGGGACGAGUGGCUUCACAGCAUGGGCCCCGGGGCCCUCCAAGAAGCCUUGGUGGUCCAGAUUCUAGCGACGGACGCUAAAAAGCUACUGGAUGUUCGUUAUAGUUUCUUCAUGCCCCGACGGACAGCCCCACAGCAGCCGCUCAUCUCCAACUCAAAGUUGAUCCCUAUUCCGAGCACUACAAGAGGAUCAACCACCACCAUCACCACCACCACCACCACCAGCACCACCACCACCAGCACCACCACUACAUCUUCCUCCGCUCCCUCUGUCCUGGUCCCAGGGCCACCGACAGCUCCAGCUCCCUCGACCCCAACCCCCGGGCCCCGUUGGGUAACGGGGUCCUGGAUGACCUGCUCCAGGACUUGUGACACUGGCUGGCAGAGCCGGACUGUGCAGUGUAAGGACCAGGAUGGGAAACUGUCCAAGGGCUGCACGUUAAGUGCCCGACCCUCUGCCUUCAAACACUGUCUGGUGAAGAAAUGUUGAGGCGGACAGAGAGGAAAAACGCUACGUUAGACAAACAGUGCAAAGGAGAAAGUUUAAUCUGUACAUCUGAUAAAAGGUCUCAAGUUCUGGAUGUAGGACCAUGGACCAAUACAUUUAAGAACCUUAAGCAGGACUGUGAAUGUUGGCUGAAAGCGCCUGAACCAGAUAAGCAGAGAACCAGAGACAGACUGUCGCGGGUGUACGCGACUAUAUGCAAGAGGAAAUGUUCUGGAAUCAUAGUAGCUAUGCAGAGCACAAGCAGAACGGCGGACAGUGUCCUUAUGAUAGUGACGGCGUAGCUAAGGACUUGAAUUGCAUGUCAUUUCCACAUGGACAGAAACUGAUUGUCUUUAAUUCAGUCUCCAAACCCUGGAGGAUCAGUGUGUGUUGCCCUGUAAUGGCAUGCAUGUUGUGUUUUUUUUUUUUUUUUAUGCUAUUCUAAUCACUGUGGGGAUUUGGAAGUCUAAACUCCUUUUGUCUUCAUAACAGAGCCCCCAGUGAUGGUAAGCACUCGUUAUUCACCUUGUCACCUCGUCAUGUCUGCCUGAAUCGUAUCCCAGUCAUUCUGUGUCACCUGUAACUAGCCUGACUUGGACAUUUCAGUCACUGACAAGCUCAUUAAAUUGGGCAGAAUGUUUAAAAUUGUAAACUCAACGGACUGAACAAUCUUCUAAGCAGUCUUUCUAGCAACGAAUCAUGUUAAAUCAACAAUUGCUCAGGGUGUCUAUUUAAUUUCCCAACUUGAGUGCAUCCUUUCCCCGUAGUGGUGACCAAGAAUGAAUGGGUGAAACCAGACAUUUGGCUAAAACGGACGCUGCGUUGCAUCCCAGAUCCAGUCAGUCUAAAAACUGUUCAGAUACGUCUCUGCUCAAGUUCUUGAAAAGUUUCGGGAAGAAAAGUCUAACCUGAAGACACAAGCUUUGAGACAGCAGCAUGGUGCGAUGGGAUGGAAGUGUACAGUGGCCUUCAGGGGACAAACUAUAUCAGUUAAAAAUUGACAAAGGGGCAAAGAAACCACGACACUCCUUAACAUUUACGGAGGUUAAUAAUGACUCACAGGUUUGGGGCGAUGCUUGAUUAUGUGUGUGUGCGUGUGUGUGUGUGUGUGUGUGUGUGUUUAUAGUGUGUGUGUGUGUGUGUGCAAGUUAGGUGCUAGCGUGUUCAUCCAGGCCUGUCUUUGAAGCACAUACAGUAUGUCCCGUGAACAUGUGCGUCUUGAAGCUUCUUCCCUCUCAGUUCCGUUUGUAUCAUUAUUCUGGUUCUGGGAGGUUUGCGACCUUCAUGUUUUUUGUUGUGGCGCUCGAUAUCUGUUUGUUUGUUAGUCUGUUUACCUGUUUAGGAAGCAAUAGUAUGACAAUGUGAGCCCUGGAUACUCGCAACGACAGCAAGGGAGAUACUAAUGCAGUCAUUAACGUCCUUCUGCAAUUCACCUCUUUUCUUUUCAAUCUCUCAUUCUCUGUUUUAUUGCUUUACAUCCUGUAUUUGCGAAUGAUUGUUUUAUCUGUUUCCAACUCUGAUGGGUGAUGUUCGUCACAUUAAAAAAAAAAAUCAGAUUGUGCCACAGAAUAGAUGAUUUUCAAAGGGUCAGUUCGCCAAAAAUACAAAGAAUUAAGGUAUCCUUCUGGUGCAACCAGCCCAGUCAAUGCAUCGAAUUCCCUUCCUGGUGGGACAAUGUACAUAACAUAUCAAAUGGACUUUUUAAAAUACCUGCCUGUAAUUGUUUCCCUGUGUGGCAGACCUCACCCAUCUGGCUCCUGUGCUGGAGAAAACAAAAACCAUAAGAAAGGUCUUCAGACAGUACAUGACCCGGGUCAACAUACCACUCACACAACGUUCGCUCUUCUUUCCUCACACAUUCAGAUUUAUUUACACAAUGUAGACAUUUUUGUACAAUGAGUAGAUCUUUCAUAUACGUGUUAGUAUUCAACCAUAUUUACACAGAACUGCACACACAUACAGACACACAGAAACAACCCAUCAGUUACAAAGCAUUCAAGUAUUUCAGAAACACACACACACACACACACACACACAUAAUCUACUCCUCCGGUGGGGAAACCCCUCUCGCUGAACGACAGAAACACAGCACUGAACUUGUAAUUUAUUGUUUGUACAACUGGUAUGUGUGUGAAUAAAAAAAACAAUGAGAUGAGUUUUAUUUAUUAUAGUAAUUUUGUAUCAAAUUACUAUUUAACUUAGGAAUUUGACUGUGCAGAAUCAUUCCUUUGUAAGAAUAUAGUGUUUCUUUU